GCAGGUUGGGGCGAGGGACUGGUGAAAGGCAUCCGAAGAUUUAGAGGCAGCUUCUUCUAUCACUGCCUUGCAUUGACCCGGGCGCCGUCUCCCACCAGCCAGAGAGACCACCAGGUCGCCCAAUGCGGCGUUGUUGAGCUGGGAAGGAUUGCAUCGGUCCACCCGAGUCCAGCGGCACACAGAGCAGCAAGACCUUCACCACAGAAAAAGGCAGGGCGGCCGGCUACCAGACCAGGAGAUGGGCACGGUGCUCUCAUUGUCUCCGGAGCCCAAGGGCAAGGCAGGAGAGACUGAUGCUGGGCAGCAGGGCGGCAAGAAUCCCAAGGAGAAAAACUUGAAGAAGCAUUCGGUCCUCAUCUCCGCCCUGACCUGGAAGCGCCUGGUUGCAGCCUCUGCCAAGAAGAAGAACGCCAAGAAGGUGAAUCCAACGCCGGCCGGACAGGUGAACGCCACGGGUAACAAUGACCCGGUGAAGCAGCUCAACAGCGAGAACCUGAAGAGGUCUCGCCCAUCCCUGACCCAAGCCCCAGCCGCUCCUGAACCCUACCCGGGACAGCACAAGCCACCGAGCGUCCCCAUCCCGGUGCCGGUCCCCGUGGCUCCCAACAGCGUCAAGCCGUCCGCCAAGAACUUGCCGCCUCCACAGAAGCAAUCGAGCAGCGGCAGUCUGGGUUCGCCCCGCCGGGUCGUGGUCCAGGCGUCCACCGGAGAACUCCUCCGGUGUUUGGGAGACUUCCUGUGUCGCAGGUGCUACCGUCUGAAGCAGCUGAACGCCAACGAACCGGUGCUGUGGUUCAGGAACGUGGACCGCUCCUUGCUCAUCCAAGGUUGGCAAGACCAAGGCUUCAUCACCCCGGCCAACGUGGUGUUCGUCUACCUGCUCUGCAGGGAAGUGGUGGACGAGGAGCUCGCUACCGACUUCGAACUGCAAGCCACUUUCCUCACCUGCCUCUACCUCGCCUAUUCCUACAUGGGCAACGAGAUCUCCUAUCCCCUGAAGCCUUUCCUGGUGGAAGCCAACAAGGAGAUCUUCUGGGAGAGAAGCCUUGCUAUCAUCGACCGAAUGAGUGCCAAGAUGCUGCGGAUUAAUUCCGACCCGCAUUACUUCACUGAGGUCUUCCAGGACCUCAAGAACGAAUCUAACAUCAGAGACUCCAAUGGGCAGUAUAUAAUUAACCUGGACCGUUAGAUAGCUUUUUUUAAAAAAAACAAAAUAACAUUAAUUAUAAAUAUAUAAUAGUUGAAGAAAGGGUUGAACAAGUGUCUAUUGUUAAUCUCAGUGAGACAGGCUGCAGUGCCAGAGUUCUGGGAACGCAGGGUUAAUGAGACGUUUGGAAUAAAGUGUUAAAUUUAAAAAAAAUCUGACCCAGAGCCCUAAAACCUAACAAGAUUGGCGUAGAUUACAACAUCGAAAAAAAUACUGAAGCCCAAAUCUUCACCUCAGUGAGUUUUAUUGAGAAAAAAAAUGUUUUCCAAAUUGUGUUGUGGAUCACGGUAUCAACGGUGGUCAUUGUUACAUUUUGAAAGGUUAUUCUAAUUUUUUUUGUUUUGAGGGGUGGGAGCAUAACAACAGCAACAACGCAUGCAAAACAUUGUCCCUGUUGUAUUCCAUCGAUGGCCGUUUCAAUAUCAACGUCGCGCAGCUGCAGUCAAAGGCUGUUGAACAAAUUCUGUAGAUAGGGUGUGAAUUUAAAAACAAAUAUAUAUAUACAUAAAUUUAUCUAUUUAUUUAUUUAUUUUCCCAUUUUUGGGGAAAAAACGAGAAUUGUUGAGAGCCUUGACCGGGAGUAGGUGAUAUGUGUGUGAGACGGAGGGGGCAGGAGAGAGAUGCCCUGACUUUCCAUGGAACUGAUGUUUUGAAGCCAGCGUUUUAAUUUGCACAUUUGAUCCGCAGAAUCUCAUUCUGUCAGUCUGUGAAUGUACUUUUUUUUCUCAAU